AUGGAUGUCGAUAAGUUCUUCAAAGAAGCCGAGGUUUUCAAUGAGGCGUAUUCUGAAGACGACCACACGCGAUACAUAGCACUGUAUUCCACGAAUGACUUCGAAUCUCAUCCGGUUGGACUUAUAUUUGACCAAAAGCAUCAUACCGCGAUUAUCUGUGUAGAUGUGGACGAUAUCGAUACUGUCUGCAAUGGCUUUAUCGUGUGGUAUCCUCCCAAAAGAGUGUUAGAAGCAUGGUUGGACAUGAUCGAGAAAGGAAAGGCUAUCGUGACCACCAAUAGCGGUGACUCAGAAGAUCCGUGGAUGCUUAUCUCUUACGGUGACACACUUUUGCAGGAUACCAUCGAUGUGUUCAAUCUCCUUGUCGACGAGAUGGAAAGGCGGCUACCUGGAUAUGAAAACAACAUAUCAGAUACUACAUCUCCAUUGAUCGAAGAAGCGGCAUUGGGCGUGGCCAACCUACGGCAGGGCUUUUUACAUCACUUCGCUCGAAAAGCGAAUAGACCAAGUUUCCGAUACAUCGUCCCAGGCCGUGAGAUCCUGACUGCUUUUUUCGAGCAUCAGCGAGCAUCCAUUCGAACCCCACAAGCAUAUUCUGAGGCCGUCCCUGGAGAUAACUGCUUAAAUUUUCCCGCCGGGCAUAAAAUCACGCCAGAACAACUUUAUAGCUGGCAAGCGGUUCUUGGAAGUGAAGGGUCGGAUUGUGCUUGGCCUUUCUGGGGCAAGGAAUACUAUUGUGUUGGCGCGCCGGACAAGUCAGCUACCACAACAACCACACCGACUCCCACACCUGCAGUCACGCCUCCACCAGUCCAGUCAGACAUAGAUGCGCAUUGCAAGAAAUUUACUGAAGCCGUUCAUGGGGAUCUUUGCUUGAGUUUCGCUGAGGCGAAUGAUAUCACGGCCGCUAAACUCUACGCCUGGAACCUGGUUAUAGGCGCAGAUAGUGCAGGUUGUGGUACCAACUUCUAG